CCUCUCAUUAAGGUUGCUCUUCUUUCCACCCCCUCCAUGACUAUCUAGCCCUCUCUCUCAAAAUCUCCCACACCACCAACAACAGCAACAAGACCUCAAUCUGACCACACAAAAAAUUCACAGAGAAAAGCAGUUGGUUUUGGAAGAGCAAAAUGGCAUCAACCACUGCAGUUACAAUGGCUAUGCCAUUGCCCAAUGCAAGCCAAAAGAGGAUCCAAUCCUCCUCAGAGACCUUCUUCAAGCCACUGCCAGUGAGGCCCUCAAGGGCUUUAACACCAGCAGCAGCAUCAAGAUCAAGUGGGAGACUUGAAGUCAAGGCUUCCCUCAAGGAGAAGGCGGUUACCGGCCUGACCGCAGCCGCGCUCACGGCCUCAAUGGUGAUCCCGGAGGUGGCCGAAGCCGCUUCCGGAGUCUCUCCUUCUCUCAAGAACUUCUUGCUCAGCAUUGCUGCCGGCGGUGUUGUACUGGUCGUGCUCGUCGGUGCCGUAGUUGGCGUGUCCAAUUUCGAUCCUGUCAAGAGAGGCUGAGAAUUCUGAUGCAGACUUACUGUUGAUGAUUUUUCAUCUUAUUGUAUCUGUUAAGCAAUGGUUUAUGUUUCUUUUGUAAUCGUGUAAUAUGUGACUACUCUUCUCCUUCAACUCGUACUUUGGCCGACAACUGUGAAUUAUAUAAGCUUCAUUUUUCAUUGCAA